UGAGUGAGGGAGGCUCGCGCCUCAUUCAUUCAACAAAUGUUUCUUGAGCGCUUUCUGCGGGCCAGGACCUGGGGAUACUCGAGUGAACGAAACAAGGUCCCUGCCCCGAUGGGUAAGCCUGGCUCCCACCCCAGGCCUGCUGCCUGUGGGCUGUGUGGCGCCGGGCAAUUUGCUUAACCCAUCCGUGCCUCAGUUUCCUCGUCUGCACAAUGGGGCUAAUCAAUGCUCCCCACCCAUUCGGACUGUAAUGAAGAUGAACUGGGUUGAUUCACGUCGAGGCCUGGCACACGGAAAGCCCUCAGUAAACGUUGCCUACCGUUGUCAUAAAAGUUAGUGCCCGAGACAGUGAGCAAGCAAACACAUAUGCAAUAUCCUUCUAGAGACUGGUAACUAAAUAAAGCAGAAUGAGGGGUUGGGUUUGGGGGGGCUCGGGGGUGUUUUAUAAGACGUGGCCGGGAAAGGCCGCUCCGAGCAGACUUGGAGGAAAGGAGCAUCCCAGACAGAGGCAACAGCACGUGCAAAGGCCCUGGGGUGGUGGUUGCAGAACAGCAUAGGAGCCGGCAGAGCUGAGAGGAGGUGGAGAGAAGCAGGCGGAGGCCAGGUUAAUUCCGGGGUGAUGGGGGAGCCACCGAGGGCCCUGAGCUCAGGCUGUGCGGGGAGACAAGGUUGCACAGGACAAGGGCGGAAGCAGGAGACCAGUCAGGAGACUGUAGCAAGGGUCCCUGAGAGAGAGAGGGAGAGAGAGCUGGGAGCAGCUGAGGUGGUGAGAAGCAGUCCCAUGUGGGAGCUACUUUGGAGGUGGAAUCUGCAAACUUGCUGAGGAACGUGAGGGAAAGAGAAAGAGAACCCCAGGGUGGUUCUAAGAUUUGGGGUCUGUAGAGCUGGGUGAAUGGGGCACCCUUUAUCCCCUGGAGAAGCUGCAGAAGAAACAGGAUUGAGCUCCCAGGCCUCGGCGGGGCCACGGGGAGGAGAUGUGGGCGGGUCCCCAUGGAUGGGGCAGGGGCCUCAGGCAGGAAGUGUGGUCCCAGGAACCUUUGGGCGGACAGAGCUCAGAGUGCCCUUAGCGAGGGGUGUGGCCAAAGGCGAGAAGCCCCCAAAGGUGAGAACAGGGAGGGGAAAGAAGCCCGGGUCCCCACUCCCGCGCCCCGUCCUCAGGCCCCUGACUGUCCCUCUGCCCCCCUAGGGCUCUGGUGGACAUCCUGAGGCAUCAGGCGGGACCCGGGACCCGCCCGGACCGGGCACGGAGCAGCUCCUUGACCCCGGGGGUCGGGGGUCCGGACAGUAUGGCCCCGAGGACACCCAAGAACCUCUACAACACCAUGAAGCCCUCCAAUCUCGAUAACCUGCACCACAACUACCUGCACCUCAACGUCAACAGCCCCAAGCACCACGCCACCACGCUGGACUGGAGGGCCGCCCCACCUCCCAGCCCCAACUUGCAUUACUCCACGCUGUCCUGCUCUCGGUCUUUCCACAACCUCUCGCAUCUGCCCCCGUCCUACGAGGCUGCUGUGAAAUCCGAACUCAACCGCUACUCCUCCCUCAAGAGGCUGGGAAUUUCUCCUCUGGAAAAGCUCACAGCUGUGCAGGAGACGAACGCUCUCGCGUGCUGCCAGCCUCCAGCCGCACCCAGGGCUGGCGGGAAGGCCGGGGGGAGAGAAUGCUGGAAAGCUGGGCGCAUUCCUGUGGAGCAGCUCAGCUGCUCAUCUGCACGCACCGACGCGGACAAAGGAGCCUGUGUAAUUGUCCAGAUGUUCCGGCCGGCGGGCACCUGA